AUGGCCGAAAAUAAAGCUUACGAGAACUUUUCUGAUCCUCCCAAACAACUUAUCACCUCCGAGAAUCAAAAUUCUUUUGAUAUUUAUUGUCCAGACUCAUCAUGUAAAGGUCUUAUUUUGAGAGCCAAUCAUGGAAUCUUGGUUGAACGACCCAAAGAAAAGUUAAGGAUACCUGAUGAACAAGCUUAUGCGGAUUUAAAGACGAAUGGAUUUAACAUUAAAAAUGAUACUUCGUCAUCUCAACUUCAAGGGUUCUGGCAAUUGACUGAUAUGAUGGCUUUUGAAAAUAUUGGAUUUUCUAAAACGAUAAUAGAAACGGGAAUAAAGUAUUUAUGUUGCGCAUAUUGUAAUGCAGGUCCUUUAGGUUAUCAUGAUACAACAGCGAAUGAAAAAGAAUAUUUGAUAGCAAUUAACAGAGCUCGUAAACUUAAGCAAGGUCAGAUCCAAGUUCGUGAAUCCCUAUAA